CAACCGCAGAAAAAUAUGGCUCAGGAGACUAACCAGACCCCAGGGCCCAUGCUGUGUAGUACAGGAUGUGGCUUUUAUGGGAAUCCUAGGACAAACGGAAUGUGUUCUGUUUGCUACAAAGAGCAUCUCCAGAGGCAGCAGAAUAGUGGCAGAAUGAGCCCAAUGGGGACAGCUAGUGGUUCCAACAGUCCUACCUCAGAUUCUGCAUCUGUGCAAAGAGCAGACACUAGUUUAAACUACUGUGAGGGUGCUGCUGGCAGCACAUCUGAAAAAUCAAGAAAUGUGCCUGUGGCUGCCUUGCCUGUAACUCAGCAAAUGACAGCAACGAGCAUUUCAAGAGAGGACAAAAUAACUACCCCGAAAACAGAGGUGUCAGAGCCAGCUGUUACUCAGCCCAGUUCAUCAGUUUCUCAACCCAGUGCUUCUCAAAGUGAAGAAAAAGCUCCUGAGUUACCCAAACCAAAGAAGAAUAGAUGUUUCAUGUGCAGAAAGAAAGUUGGCCUUACAGGGUUUGACUGCCGAUGUGGAAAUUUGUUUUGUGGACUUCACCGUUAUUCUGACAAGCACAACUGUCCGUAUGAUUACAAAGCAGAAGCUGCAGCAAAAAUCAGAAAAGAGAAUCCAGUUGUUGUGGCUGAAAAAAUCCAGAAAAUAUAAAUUACUACUUGUGAAGAGACUGAAACUUUGUUUUUAUUUUAAUAUAUCGUAGGAAAACAUUAAAGAGCAGAUGCAUGGCCAUUU